AUGGGGCGACCUCGCAGAUCUGCGCUCCUGGCUCCGUGCUUGCUUGGCAUUGUGGGCCUGCGGAGCGUCACGUGGCUGCAGCAGUUCCAGCUGCCCCCGACUCGAGGUGGCAUUGCAAGGAGGGCAGAGCCAGAGCGUGCAUCCUACGAGUCCUCACCUGCAUGGACAAAGUCUUUGGUCAAUGGCUUGACGAAUUUGGUCAACACGGCUAUGGGAGAGGCAGACGAGCCUCUGGCUCCUGCCCGAAAGUUUGACAAGAUCGCAUCAGAGCAACUGCUGGAAGGGAUCCAAGCCGACUUCGAGGAAAGGCAGUACCUCUGGUCCGGGGACAUUGACCCUGAGCUGUAUGACGAGGGCUGCGAGUUCACGGAUCCGACCCUGUCUUUCAAGGGCCUCUCGCAAUUCCAGACCAACAUGCGCAACUUGAAGCCAAUAUUGGAUGCCCUUGUUCCAAAGGAACAAAGGAGAUGCAAACUGAGAGAGAUCAAGCUGAAGGAUGGUGAAGUUUUCGCAAAGUGGCAGAUGGUUGGGGAUUUGCGGCUGCCAUGGUCGCCACGGAUCGACAUCACGGGUAAGACCAGGUACUCCCCGGGCAAGGACGGGCGCAUUGAGUCCUACUUCGAGCAAUGGGACGUCAGCGCCGGGGAGGCCUUGGCACAGUUGGUGAGGCCAGCCCCGGAGGAGGUCAUAGAGCACUGGCCCCAGCAGCUGGCAGGAAAGCCCCCGCCCAAACCUGCUCAAAUGGCGCACGAGGAUGUGCCAGUCGUCGUGCUGCCCGGCUUUGGCAACGAGGCCCUUGACUACUCGGUGCCGCUUGGCCAAGAUGAGGCAGUGGGAUUGAAGGCGUGUCUUGAAAGGCGUGGACUGCCCGUCUCGGUGGUGCCAGUGAAGCGCGCUGAUUGGAUUCGCGUCUUUGUGGGAAUUCUGUUGGAUGCCGAAAGCAGGGCUGGCAACGGCACAGCAGAUGGUGCUUAUGGCUGGUACCUCGAUCUCGCCAAGAAAGCUGUGGAAGAGAACACGGCCAGCACGGGCAAAGCCUGUGUUUUGGUGGGUCACAGCGCUGGUGGCUGGCUGGGGCGUGCACUGAUGCAACGGGAAGGUCGCGAGUGGGCAAAGCAACAUGUACGAGGCUUGGUCACGCUGGGCACGCCGCACAAGCCACCUCCAGAGGGAAGGAUGGACAUGACGUUUGGGUGCCUGCGUAACCUCAACAAGGCCCAUCCAGGGGCCUAUUUCUCAGACGACAUUUUCUAUGUAUCCGUCGCUGGAGAUGCAGUGGUUGGAGAGAAGAUGGAGGGGAAUAUACCUAUUGUGGAGCUCAUUCAGUCGCCAUCCCCCGAGUCAACGGCCUGGAACAGCUACCAGGCUCUGGGGGGCUGUGGCAACCUCACGGGGGAUGGCCUGGUGCCGGUCGACUGGGCGCACUUGCCGGGGGCCGACCAGAUCACCAUUCGGGGCGUGAUGCCGCGGAGCUCGCGGUCGCGGUCACGGAGGCGCUCUGACUCCCGUUCGCGUGACAGACGCGAGCCCAGACGACGGUCCUCGUCGCGAAGCCCCUCCAGGAGAAGAGCAUCGCCUCCCAGGCGGGCCUCCAAAUCGCCACCGCCUGCAAAGCGAGGGAACCCAAAACCAGCACCUGCCGAACAACCUGAGCUUGGCAAAGCUCGCAUCGUGGCUGGCGCUCCACUCAACACGGGUGAGAAAACAUAUCAGGCGGAGAUCCUCGUUGCGCGGGAAGGUGUUGAUGCGCUGAACCACUCCGGAAAUGUACGCACCAUCGCCUGCCGGGGUCCUUCUCGGCAAUCCCACGACGACGCAGAGGAGGAUUGCCGGAAGUUCGAUGAGGCGGCCAGAGACGGCCCAAAGGCGGGCCAAGUGCGCUUGCAGAAUGAUGGCGUAGCCUCGCUGCAGACAGAGAUUUCACCACCUGGUCACCUUACCAGAUCGCAUUUGCAGCGCAUGGCAUGCUGGAGCCUAAGGCAAGAGCUGCAGAAGACCAAGAAGGGCAGGUUUUCUAUGGGUGUCAUGUUCUUUGAGAUGUGGCGCCCACCAUUCUUCACAGCAGUUCGCCUCAGCUUUGCUUCCUUCGUUCAAUAUCCGGUUUGGAGUUGGGGAAGCUCCGCGGAGGCCUAUCUUCGGCGGACCGUGUCAAGGCUGAACCGCUCUGGUUUGCUGCCCUCAGGAGCCUUUGAUCCACAGGACCCCAGCUCCUCAGAGUCAGUGGCGCUGCUGCAGGCGCUGUUCAACCGAGCCGAAGAGCCUGCCAAGGACGCGAGCAGAGGCAUCAGGUUAGAAUUUGCUGAUUUGGUGGCGCCACUCUCCACCAAGCAGUUCCUGGAAGAGUACUGGGGACUGAAGCCCUUCUCUGGCUCGCUGGGUGAGGAUGUGCUCACCAUCAUCAGCGUGGGCUUUCAUGACGGCAACAUGGCUGAGUGUGUCGGCGACUGCCGGAAGGACGACAAUUCAAGCUUCACGGAAGAGGAGUUUGAGGGCUUCCAGGCCGACCUGAAUCAACGCAGGAGCGUCAUCCUCCCCUUUUGCUUCACGUCCGGCGCCUGGGACAUCAAGAGCGCCUUCAUGAGGGAUUGCGCCGGGUAUGGAAAUGAUGCUGAAGUUGGUAUGUACUUUUCCCGACCCGGAGUUGAACCAGCACCCUGGCACUUCGAUCCGAAUCACAACGUGACCAUCCAGAUCGUUGGUGAGAAGGAUUGGCAUUAUGCGCCAGGCAACCCCCACACAAUUGGCGGAGCUCGGGGGUUGCGAGACGCGCCAAUGAAUUUCCUGGACCAAAGCGUCGACAUCCCGAGCACAGGCCCGCUGGAAAGGCAAUGCUAUAGCCUCAAGCCGGGCUCUGUGUUGUACGUGCCACCUGGGCAUUGGCACUCGGUGCUUCCGGUGAAAGGCGAUUGUGUGUCAGUCAAUUUGCGAGUAGCAAACCUGCUGCAUGCCAAGUUGAUCAGUGAGGCGGUGUUUGCAACCCUAGCAGCCUCAGCCCGGAGUCAGAAUACACAAUACAUGGUACGGCCUGAUGACUUUGCGCAGGGCACGGCGGAGCUGCAGCAGCAGGCAGCUUUGGCAGUCAGGGAGUUGAGCAGCUCCUUGCAGCGCUGCCGACCUCCUCGAUGUUUUCCCUUUCAGGUGGAGCAUUCCGACGGUUUGCGGUUAGGUGCCUGCUUAAGCUAUGUCAGCCAGCAGGGCUUCCUUGCCACUGAGCUCAACAAGAAUGCUACGGUUGGCGUCAAUCCGCUGGUGUCAAUUCUGCCAAAGUUGCGGGAUGCAGACCAGCUUGUAAUUGACCUACGUUCUGUCUCCAGCCUGACUGGCUCUGACUACCUGAGGUUCUCCCUGCUUUGCAGCGCUACGUUGCUCGAGCCGGUGAUGCUUUUGGCUCGCCGCGGGAAGGCAACUGUCAGCCGUCUCCAAGAUGCAGCCUGCAGCGCGCUGCAGCGCCCAAAGAAGAAACGAAAGAUGUCGGAUCAGCGAGCAGCUGAUGAAGUGGUGGUGCUGCUUCGAGUUCUUCUUCAUGGCAACGUGUUAUUCUCGGAGGAUAGCAUCGGGCAGUGA